AGCGGGCGGCGGCGGCGGAGGAGGAGACUGAGGAGCAGGAUGGCGGCCUCGGCCCUGUACGCCUGCACCAAGUGUACCCAGCGCUAUCCCUUCGAGGAGCUCUCCCAGGGUCAGCAGCUCUGCAAGGAAUGUCGGAUUGCACAUCCUAUUGUAAAAUGUACUUACUGCAGAUCAGAAUUUCAACAAGAGAGCAAAACUAACACGAUUUGUAAGAAGUGCGCUCAAAACGUGAAGCAAUUUGGGACACCCAAGCCUUGUCAGUACUGUAACAUAAUUGCAGCAUUUAUUGGUACCAAGUGUCAGCGUUGCACAAAUUCAGAGAAAAAAUAUGGACCACCUCAGACCUGUGAGCAGUGCAAACAACAAUGUGCUUUUGAUCGGAAGGAGGAAGGAAGAAGAAAGGUUGAUGGGAAGUUACUGUGUUGGCUCUGUACUUUAUCAUAUAAGAGAGUUUUACAGAAGACAAAAGAGCAAAGGAAGAGCUUGGGAUCAUCACAUUCAAAUUCAUCUUCUUCUUCUCUUACCGAGAAAGACCAGCAUCAUUCAAAACAUCAUCACCAUCAUCACCACCAUCACCACCGACACAGCAGUAGCCAUCACAAAAUCAGCAAUCUAAGUCCAGAACAAGAGCAGGGACUAUGGAAACAGAGCCAUAAAUCCUCUGCAGCAAUUCAGAAUGAAACUCCAAAGAAAAAGCCCAAACUGGAAUCUAAGCCAUCAAAUGGAGAUAGUAGCUCUAUAAAUCAGUCAGCAGAUAGUGGGGGAACAGACAAUUUUGUCCUUAUAAGUCAACUGAAAGAAGAAGUGAUGUCACUCAAGCGUCUCUUACAGCAAAGGGACCAGACUAUUUUAGAAAAAGAUAAAAAGUUAACUGAACUGAAGGCAGACUUCCAGUACCAAGAGUCAAAUUUGAGAACAAAGAUGAACAGUAUGGAAAAAGCUCACAAAGAAACUGUGGAGCAACUUCAGGCCACUUCCCUGUAUCUUGGGUUAUUGCUAGAGAUAUUCUGGCACAUUUCUGUCACAGCUAAGUGCUGUCUUUUUACCCCACUCCCUUUAGCAGCCAGAGUACUAGUAGGAUUCUCAUCUAAGGCCAAAAACAGAGAACUACUCAAACAGGUUGCGGCAUUGUCAAAGGGUAAAAAGUUUGACAAAAGUGGAAGCAUACUAACAUCUCCUUGAGAAAGUAAUUUGUUUAUUGUUUCUGCAGUGUAAAUUUGGGGGAAAAAAUUCUGUGACGCUCUUAAAUUCUGUGUAGUGGAAAAAUAUUUUUACACACCAAAUGAAUUGGCGUGUUUCCUAUUCACUUUUGUAACUGAUAUAUAGCAUUUUUAAGUUGUAAACAUUCAGAUAAAACUUCAACUGGUUUGAAGUGACUUUUUAAUUAUUUGAUACCCAGGAACUUUCUUGCCAGCAAUAGUAUUAAACAGUUGUAAAGGAGUACAUGAGUAGUGCUCUUCAUAAAAUGCAACAUGCAAUAACAGAGUAGGUAUGAUUUUAAGAAGUCCAAGCAGCAGGGUUUUUUCUUUCGCUGUUUUACACUAUGCUAAUUUCAGAUAGUUUUCAAUUUAGAAAUAUAAAAACUUUUAAACAAGGAAAAUGGUGAACACUGGUUUUUGGGGGAUUGUUGUUUUUACUUUGCAUCAACAUGAAUUUAGGAGAAUCAUGGUGCUUUUUAUUAAAUGAACUUCAAAGUAUAUGUAAAUAUGUUUUUUAAAAGUUACAUCAUUAACAUUAGUUAGCAAACCUAGCAUUUUCAUUAUUGGCAUAGGAAUUCAAAUUUCUUGUACAGUAUCCACGGUAAAAUGUGUUUUGUUUUGUAAAAACUACUGUAGAUUUUUACUUACAAGUGCCUUUUUGCCACCUAAUGUUUUUAUUUAUAGGAAUGCUGAUCUUUUGUACAUAGUUUGUUUUAAAAUCAUGUUUAAUAAAUGUUUGUAUAUAAAUGCAUAUGUACAGAAGCCUAUUUCAAAAGGAAAUCAAAGUUGCUAGUAAAAUGUCUGAAGUUCCAUUAAGAACUGAUAAUGCAUAGACUUUAGAUGAUUUGUAGUUUGUUUUUGUGUGGUAAGGGAAGCUAUUGGUCACAGAAUUCAUUUAAUUAUGUCAAAAUACUUCCCCAAAGAUUUAAUUUUAAAUCAUUUUUAAUAGAGUAAGUUUAUUUUUUAUGUCAUGGCUUCACAUUUAUAUUUCACAAGUUAACAUGUUUUCCUUUUUUAUAUAUAUAAAAGUUCUUAAAAUAAUGUUUUUACAGUGGUCCAUGUAUCUGCUUUUCCUAUAACGUGUGGUUAUCUAAGUUAAUAUUUAUAUCUGCCAUACUUAAUUUGUAAAUUGAAAGCAAAUCUGGAAAAAAAUUUUGAACUUUUUAAUCUGUGAUUACCUUUCAAUAAAUUGGAAUCUACUGUAAGAUUCAGGCACUAUUUAUAAUAAAUUGUCUCAAAGUGUUUUAAAUCAUCUAUAAAAGAUUGAGGUGGAGUGGGAUAGUUAUGUGAAUCAUUGACUCU